GUUCAGAGUGCGUGCAGAGGUCGUGUUGUGCUUUCAACUCGCAUUCCGUUUCGCUGACCGGGGGCACCUUUAGCGCGUGAUGCGAUGGCUUUCUUCCGUGUAUUCAUGGGGAGGCAGCUGCCGCCGGCCGUGUCCCACUUCGCCCGCACGGUGAAGCUGCUCCGUCCCCCCGCGGCCCCGCUGAGGAGGCUGCACGGCUCGUCCCGGCUGCGGCUCGGGGAGCAGGGACCGUGGGGGAAGCAGCCGCUGCAGCAGCAGCAGCCGCUCACAGACCUCGACAAGGCGGACGCUUUGAUGCUGAGAAAGUCCCACGAGACAGGAUUCCUCUCAUGGUUCAGGAACGGUCUGCUGGCGACCGGGAUCGGAGUCAUCGCAUUUGUCCAGAGCGAAGUGGGACGAGAAGCGGGAUACGCUCUCUUCAUCCUGGGCGGUGUGUGCGUGUCGUUCGGCGGCGCCUCGUACAUCGGCAGCCUCUUCGCCUUGCGGAGGAUGAUGCUGCUAUCUGUGCCAGCGCUGCUGCUCCAGGGCGCCGCGGUGGGCAGCGUCGCCCUCCUCUGGCUCUGUGCGGUAUCCCUCUACAUCGGCCGCCUGGAGGUGGAGAUCAUCCACGAGGGGGAGGAGUUCGAUGAGGAGGGAGAGGAUGAGGAGGAGUGCCGGGAGUGCCGCGAGAGGCGUGAACACCGGGGUUACCGUGGCUCCCACAACAGCCGACAUCACGGCAGGGAGGACAAUGACAGCAAGGGGCCGAACAAGUAGACACUGGAGACGGAGAUGGUGUGUGUGUGUGUGUGUGUGUGUGUGUGUGUGUGUGUGUGUGUGUGUGUGUGUGUGUGUGUGUGUGUGUGUGUGUGUGUGUGUGUGUGUGUGUGUGUGUGUGUGUGUGUGUGUGUGUGUGUGUGUGUGUGUGUGUGUGUGUGUGUGUGUGUGUGUGUGUGUGUGUGUGUGUGUGUGUGUGUGUGUGUGUGUGUGUGUGUGUGUGUGUGUGUGUGUGUGUGUGUGUGUGUGUGUGUGUGUGUGUGUGUGUGUGUGUGUGUGUGUGUGUGUGUGUGUGUGUGUGUGUGUGUGUGUGUUGCUUUGAUUCAGGGUGUGUGUGUGUGAUCGCGCGUGCAAGCAUUCUACAUAUUCAUAUGGAGGCUGUGUGACUCCUACAGAUUCAGACUUAUUGUUCACUGUUAUAUAUUGAUGUAGAGAUUAUUUGUUGAGGUGAACAAAGACUUUCAGACCUUUUGGAAAACUGCUCAGAAAAUGCUGACAUGUUGGUAGUUGGACUACAUUCACUUCUGAUCAAUAUAUAUAUAUAUCGGUCUUUUUUUGUACGAUUUAUUAUAAUCAUAUAUAUUCAACGCUGCUUCACUUGCAUUAUCAAUCUGUCUGAACAAUGUUUCGACUUGUUCCGUGCGUUGUCACAGUGCAAAGAUUCACUGAGAUCAUCACAUCUGUUAAUAUAAGUUUAGUUUACAUUACCUUGUAUGCAAUGAUUACUUUGUCUGGUUCCACAUCAUUUACUCUCACUUGAAGCUUUUAUACAAGUCUUGAAAUAAAACAAGCUAGUUUGAGAUCUUGUAAGAAUGGUCAUACUAUGCAUGUUCAGAUCUGUCUUUUUAUCAAUGAGGGCUUACAAUGUUUUUUUUAAAUUGUUUUUCUUUUCCAGAGGUUAACUGUUUUUUAAAUCAUUUUUGUUAAGUUAUUGUAAUGACUCUAGAUUUUUUUUUUAAACAAGUAUUUUUCAUAUAUUUGGCUAUGUACAGUACCUAAAUGUAACCAUAAAACCAUCUGGUGUUCACUAUAAUUACUGUUUUAAUGGAUGGUCUAAAUUGACGCUAGAGUUUGUCUGUCGAUGGGUUCACAUUUGUUUCUCUUCUGUACAUAGAAUAAUAAAGUGAGAAUAAAUCUAUGCUGACACCGGGUCUAAACUUCAGAGUCUGCAUGAUUUGCUUUCACAUUUAAAUGGACAUGUUCUUCCCCACCUGUGGGUCAAGAUUCACCAGGUAGAUCUGAGGAUUAAGCAGCAGGAGAAAGACGCAGGUCUGCUCCACAAAAUAAUAUUUAUAUUUUCACGAGUCCAACAGCUAAAUUAAAUGCUGUAUGAAGUAGACAUUGCUUCAUUUUAAAGUGAGAUAUAUGGCCAAAAGGUUGUUAUUUAAAUGCCCUAUUGUUUUUGGUCAUUUGAAAUGUAUUCAAAUUCAGGGAAUAUUCACCACUGAGGUGAAACCUGAAUUAUGGCCUGAUCUUGAUUAUUUUAAGUUUGAAUUAGAUCGUGCAUAUUCCUGAAUA